GAGCUCCGGCCUCUGCUCGUCCCUGCUUCGGCUCCUCCUGACCAACUCAGGGAGACCUUCGAGAAGUACGGAGUGUGUGUGGUCACUGACGUCCUUAGCCCUCAAGAGUGCGCGCUGAUGGAGCAGAUUUGGCUUCAGGAUCUCCUCCAGGUCUUAGAUGAGGCAAAGAUUCCCGACGCCGGGGUGGCCGGACAGGUCCAGGCCUUGAAAGAGCGAGGGGCAAAAGCCUGGCCGAAAGAUUGGGAUGACUUCUUCGGCACCAGAGGUAUGGCACCAACCUACGGCCUGCCUCAUGGCGGCUUUGCUUGGGCAGCGCGUCUGCACCCUGCUGCUUCUAGCUACACUCACCAACAGAAUCUGUGGUCACUGGCAGUUCGACGCGUGUUUGCCAACUUGUUCGAAGCGACAGAGGGCGACUUGGCCGUGGGUCUUGACAACGUCUUCUGGGCUAGUGCAGAGCAGCCGGGGUCUGACUUCAACAAGGAGUGGCUGCAUGUGGACCAGAACCACUGCACAGGAAUGACCUGGACCUGUGCACAGGGAGUGCUCUACAUCUGGCCAUCAGAGAGUGAGUCCUCCUCCACGACAGUGGUCUGGCCCGGCAGUCACAAGGCUCCCUACGACCAGCUGAUGCAGGAUCCCUCUGCAUAUUCCAAUGGCAAGCGAAAAUCAGGGCAGUCGGUGCGAUUGAACCAGCUACAGAACCCUGCGCUCCAAGCAGAGCUCCUGGCAGCCGCGCAGAAGGGGUGCCGUCGCAUGCCAUGCCCAGCUGGCAGCCUCCUGCUCUGGGACUCCAGGGUUAUCCACCAGGGCUGGCGCGGCGGCCCGCGAUUAGCGCAGCCU